AUUAUCAUCUUCUUUCUCUAGAGGAAACUCACACGACGUCGUUGUAAACACUUGCAAUAUCUUACAUACAGAUAUAUAUAAAUGAUGUUAUGCAACGAAGCAUAUCAGUAUCAACAACUAGAUGGACAAAAUGAUCACAUGAUGACAACGAUGAUGAUGGACUUGAGCCAAUCACCACCACCACCAUCACCGUCAGACAAUAGUAGCAACAAUGAAGAAGAGCCAUUAGAGGUUGUGAAUAUGAGUGGCAUGGCGUUACAAUCUCUCCCAAAUCCUUCCCUCAAUUUGGCAAAUAUUUGCAAGCUUGAUCUCUCCAACAAUCAUAUCAAGAAAAUACCAGAAUCUCUAGCAGCGAGAUUACUGAACUUGAUAGCAUUAGAUAUUCAUUCAAACCAGAUCAAAUCUCUUCCAAACUCCAUUGGUUGUCUCUCUAAGCUCAAGAUCCUCAAUGUCUCCGGCAACUUUCUGGUUUCCCUCCCCAAAACUAUUCAAAAUUGCAGGUCACUAGAAGAACUAAACGCCAACUUUAACGAGCUGAUUGGAUUACCAGACUCCAUAGGGUUAGAACUAACCAAUCUGAGGAAGCUCUGUGUCAACUCGAACAAGCUCAUUCGCCUACCAACCUCCAUCACCUGCCUCACUUCACUCCGUGUCCUCGAUGCUCGUCUCAACUGCCUCAUGAUCCUCCCUGAAGACCUCGAGAGCCUCAUCAACCUAGAGAUCCUCAACGUCAGUCAGAACUUCCACUACCUCACCGCUCUCCCAUCUUCUAUCGGCCAUCUCAUGAACCUCCUCGAGCUUGAUAUCAGCUACAACAAGAUCACGGUGUUGCCCGAGUCCAUUGGAUGCAUGAGGCGGCUGAGGAAGCUGAGCGCGGAAGGAAACCCGCUCGUGUCCCCACCCACCGAGGUCAUGGAGCAGAGCUUGCAUGCGGUGAGAGAGUAUCUGAGCCAGAAGAUGAAUGGUAGACUGGUGAACACCUCGCCAAAGAAGAAGUCGUGGGGAUUCCGUAAACUGGUCAAGUAUGGAACAUUCAACGGGAGGCCUAGGGCUUGGACCAGUGAAGAGAGAGAAGGGCUCAUCAUGCCUGAGUACCGUCCCAUUGAUCUCCUGGCUUCCACCAGGUUUCCUGCCAUGUGCUCACCUCGACGUAUGUUUUCUCCAAGAACCUACUUCAGCAGAUAAUAAUAAUAACGCAGGCAGUAAAAAACAUUUCAAAUCUAUCAACCAUUUGCCCUAAGUCAUCACGAAAUGUAUAUACAGCAUUCAGAAUUCAAACUUCUUAUUAUAAAUCAUGUAAUAAGUAUAAAAUACAGUCUCUCCCCUUUCAUAAGCUCUAUUCCCA